AUGGACUCUGAAACAGAUGGAUUGCCGCCCAUGCAAAGUGAAAUAAAUUCUCACGUAAUUGACCUUAAACCGCGCCGAAAAAUUCUAAAAACACAACAGUCAACGGUGGCAACAAGAAGACAACAGGCAGUUUGUGUCAGACGUGCACACAAAAUUUAUGGAACCAAAAAGAAUCCCAAUGUGAUAUUAGAUGGAUUGAAUAUGACAGUACCGAAGGGAACGAUUUAUGGCUUACUUGGAGCAUCUGGCUGUGGUAAAACGACAUUGUUGUCAUGCAUUGUUGGCAGAAGAAGGCUUAAUUCUGGAGAAAUCUGGGUACUGGGUGGUCGACCAGGAUCACGUGGCAGUGGAGUUCCAGGACCUAGAAUUGGAUAUAUGCCACAGGAAAUUGCACUUUAUGGAGAAUUUACAAUUCGUGAGACAUUAAUCUAUUUUGGAUGGAUUAAUGGCUUGAACAAAGACGAUGUCGAUGAAAAAACUGAUUUUCUAUUAAAAAUGCUUCAAUUACCAAAUGCAUCACGAUUCAUAAAAAAUCUUUCGGGAGGACAACAAAGACGAAUGAGUUUGGCAGCUGCACUGAUUCACGAGCCAGAAUUAUUGAUAUUGGAUGAGCCAACUGUGGGUGUUGAUCCUGUUUUACGACAAGCAAUAUGGGAUUAUUUGGUAGAAAUAACAAAGUUUGGUAGAACAACGGUUAUCAUAACGACACAUUAUAUCGAUGAGACACGACAAGCACACAAGAUUGGUCUCAUGAGAGGUGGAAAAUUCUUGGCAGAGGAGUCGCCUGAUGAUUUGCUACAGAAAUAUCAUUGUGAGUCGUUGGAGGAAGUUUUCCUUAAGCUAUCCGUAAUACAGAAUCGUGGCAAGAGGAGAAGAUCGUCUAUAGCUAAGGAGGUUAUUGAUAGCAUACAAUUACCAGGCAUGGCUAAUCCUGCACUCGACUUAUCUCACGAUGAAGAUCAUGGCGAAAUUUCUGGUGAAUUUGGUGACAAUAUUUCAAUGUCUAGUCGAGGUCCUGAUAUGGUAACAGCACCACCACAUGCUCCACCAUUACCACCAGAGGAAGAACCUGAAGCUACUUGUAUGGACCAUAUGAAAAUUUUUAAAUUGCAUCACAUGAAGGCACUCGUAUGGAAAAACUUUUUAUGGAUGUGGAGAAAUUUUGGUGUCAUGGCAUUUAUCAUCGGUUUACCAGUAGCUCAAACAAUUCUUUUCUGCUUGGCUGUAGGACAUGAUCCAGAGGGCUUAAAACUUGCGGUUGUAAAUAACGAAUUGUCAGAUAAACAGUUCAAUCAACAGGAAUGUCCAAUAUAUGAGGGAUGUAAUUAUACAAUGCUUAGUUGUCGGUAUCUGGAUUUCUUGAAGAAUCGGAGCAUUGAUGUGAAAUUCUAUGGCAAUGAAGAGGAGGCAAUUGAAGUCGUCCGUCAUGGCAAUGCAUGGGGAACAAUACUAUUUGCUCACAAUUAUACGGAUUCUCUUGUGGAAAGACAAGACUUUGGCCAUAAUGUUGAGAGCUAUGUCAUAGAUAAUGCUGACUUAUCAGUUCAUUUGGACAUGUCAAAUCAGCAAAUUGGAACGCUACUAUAUCGUGAUAUUCAAUAUGCCUAUUUUGAUUUCAUUGAAAGCAUGUUAAAGGACUGUCAAAUAAAUCCAUUGGUCGGCAAAAUUCCCAUCUUUUUCGAUAGUCCAAUUUAUGGCGAUCGGAUUCCCAACUUUACUGAUUUUGCAGCGCCUGGUGUGCAAUUAACCAUAAUCUUCUUCUUGUCAGUUGCUUUAACAUCUGGUGCCAUGUUAAUCGAGAGAAAUGAAGGAAUGUUGGAACGUUGUUUAGUUUCCGGAGUGACUGGCAUUGAGAUACUUUUCUCGCAUGUUAUAACGCAAUUUUGUGUUAUGGCUUUCCAAACAGCAUUGGUUCUUACGUUCAGCUUUUCAGUGUUUGAUUUGACGAAUCGUGGAGAGCUGUUUUGGGUGAUUAUGCUCGUGUUGGAGACUGGAUUUUGCGGCAUGUGCUUUGGAUUCGUAAUUUCAUGUGCGGUCGACAACGAGCGUUCAGCCACGUAUAUGGCAUUAGGAUCAUUCCUACCAUGUGUACUGCUGUGCGGCAUGAUUUGGCCAAUUGAAGGCAUGCAUCCGUUACUGAGGGUACCAGCACUCUUUUUGCCACUCACAAAAUCGACCGAGUCAUUACGAGCAAUCAUGCAGCGCGGAUGGUCGAUAGAUAAUCCCGAUGUAUACAUCGGAUAUGUAUCCACAGGCGUUUGGAUUCUCAUUUUCCUUACCAUCAGUAUUCUAUUAUUGAAAUUUAAGAAGGGCUAAAAGAUUGUUUUUUUUAUCGCGAUAUUUGUAGAUUCAAUUUUAAGUGUAUGGCAAUGUGAGGAUGAAGAGACUUAAAAUGUGGCAUGGGUUCCUUUUUUAUAGAAAAAAAAAGAUAUAACAAGUCUGUUAAAGCUUAUUUUCCUUUUUUCCCUUUACAUACUCAACUUCUGUCUGUGUAGAUAAAAAAAAAGAAUAUUUUAUUAAAAUGGAAGGGAAACGAAAUGUGUCAUGUACAUUUAUACUUCUUUUGGUUCUGCAUAUUUUCGUCCC